AUGAACCUUGGUCUUUGUUCCCCCCCCCUCUCCUUCAGGUCUGGAGCCAGAGAUUCAGAAGCUGAUAUCGAAGCACAAACAAGAACUGAAGAAGCUGCGAACGCUUCACGAGGCGGAGCUGCUGCAGGCAGACGACCGGGCCGCCCAGCGCUACGUCCGGCAGUGUGAGGAGCUCCGGCAGCAGCUGGAGAAGGAGAAGGAGGAGCAGUGCCAGAGGGAGAGAGAUCUGGCCAAACAGAGAUAUGAGAAGCAGCUUCAGGAGGAGGAAUUGUCACUGCAGCAGCAGAGGAGACGUCUCUACAAGGAGGUGGCCGACGAGAAGGAGAGGAUGGCUCAGCUGGCCGCAAGGCAACGCGGUGAGCUGGAGGAUCUGCGGCGGCAGCUGGAGGAGAACAGCUCUCUGGCCGGACGAGCUCUCAGAGAAGAGCUGGACAAAACCCGAGAGGAGCAGGAGAGGAGACACCAGGUGGAGAUGAAGGCACUACAAGAACGUCUUAACAUCGAAAAGCAGACUUGGGAAGAAAACUACAAGAAGAAGGAGGAGGCGUGGAUGCUGAGCCGCGAGCGACAGCUCAAAGAAGAGCUGCGGCGGGAUCGCGACAAAGAGAUCGAACUCGCCAUCUGGACGCUGGAGGAGGAGACCAGCAAGGACAAGGAGGAGUGUGAGAGGGCAGCUGACAGCAGGGUGAAACGAGUUAGAGAAAAGUACGAAGCCGAGCUGAGGGAGCUGGAGCGCUCCGAGAGGACGUCCGUGGAGAAACAACAGGAGCUGAGGAAGCAGCAGGUGGAGACGGAGGGAGAACUGAUCAGACUUCAGGCUCUGCUCAGACAGAAGGAGCAGGAGAUUGAGGACGUCACACAGACCAGGGACAAGCUGGCCGACGAGCGCCGCAGCCUGGCCGAGGUGAUCCGGCAGGAGUUCGCCGACCGCUUGGUGGCGACGGAGGAGGAGAACCGCAGGAUGAAGGUGGAGGUGUCGGAGGUCCGAGCGAGGCUGAGGCUGGAGGUGGAGAGGGUCACCAGGGAGAAGGAGGAGGAGCUGGCCGAAGUCCACCAGCGAGUGAAGUCGGCUAUCUUGAAGAAGGAAGAAACCGUCGGUCACCUCCGGAAGCAGCACGAGGCUGCUCUGAAGAGGGCGGACCACCUCGAGGCCUUGUGGGAGCAGCAGAGGAAGCAGCUGCUGGAGAAGUGACUGACAGCAAGGCCAGGUUUUCAUCUCCGUGGACCUCCCCCCCUCCCCGCCCUCCCAUCGCAAUGAGCUGCAUUGUGCUCAUUGUGUCGCUGUGUCCCCCCUUCUCCCUCUGGAUGUUGUUCCUGCCAGCAAGACUGAACCUGUGGAGCUUCAGAAGGUUGUGACUGAGUCUACCUCAGCUGAAGCUAAACUCAAAAAAUGGGGGAAACGCACUGGUCCUGACUGUGUAGCCGCCCCCCCAGGAAUGAAGGAGCCUGUUGUGCUCCCUCAUUUAGACGCCACAGACCAGGUGGCACCAGAUUAAAGACUACAGAUGGACCCGCCUGUCUUGUCUUUCCAAAGGAGGAUUUCUGGUUGUGUUGUGCGGCUGUACCCCGUCUUCUUCCCUCACGCUGCCGUCGGUGGGAGCAGGAAUUUGUUCCCCACAGAGCUGCCACACAGAACACUUCCAGAUGUUCCAGAGACCAGCCCGGGCCUGCUGGGCCGCUGGGAACUGGGGCGCCAUGGUGGUGGUAGUGGUAGUGGGAGCUGUUCUUACUGUAGGACCAGAGACUCGCAGCAUCACAGCCCAAAGCACGAGCCCGAAACAAGCCGCGGUGCGCCCUUUUAUCUGUUGAGUCAUGCGUUUUGUCCCAGUGCCCCCUCGAGGCAAGCGCUAAUUACUGGAUCCAUAACCGCCCCCGUCGCUGCUGCCCCGCGGCCAGCUCUGAGCAGUCUGUUUGUCUUGAACCAAAAUCUAACAACGCGGUUAGGAGUACUAACACUGGUUGCUGAGUUAAGUUAGAGAGCGUGUAGAGUGUUUCUAGAAAGAGCGAGUUGGGAACAUAAAAGGAAAACGAAGGAAGAAAAAUGGGACGUCUGAUGGCACGUUUGAGGUCAGAUGAUUGCAGAGUGGCUUUGAAAGUUUUUCUGAACGUAGGGAAGAAAAAGACGACGAGGUAGAAGGAGGGGGGGAAGGAAUGUGCAUAGAAAAUGUUUAUAGGAUUAGGAAAGCAGAGCUGGGACAGAGCAGGGCGGUAGGUGGGUUAAAGGGGGCAUGUGACCAGAGGUAUGUUUAAAGACAUAUGGGUUCUGAUCCAGAGGCCGCACUGGGACAAAACGCAUCGGCAGGGAGAAAGACGCACACAUAUGCAAACUAUUCUGUUUUGUAAAUCCUCUCAGGAGCCACAGCCUGUUUUAUUCUUUUAUUUUUUUUAUUUCUUAACCCUUAAUGAAGACAUGUGGAAGCCCCUCUCGCAGACACAGAAAGUCUUUGUGGAUAAGAUUUCAGUAAGAGCUGGUCCAUAGCUUGACUUGGCGAGGGGUGGAGCGGCUGUAACAAGAGUUGGUGCUGCGCAGAGAAACUCUAAACCCUGAAGGAAGGCCUGUUAUUUAGGUACAACAUGAUGUGAAAGACGGCAGUGUGAUGUGAUUGUAAAGGCCUCCAGAUUAGACCUCACUGUCAGACCGUAUUUAUUCUGUUUCCUUUAUUUAUUGUAGCGCUCGACCUUUGUAGUGUUGUUGGUCCACAGAGAGGUCGAAGAUGUGAAGUAGUUUCUCUCAAACGUUGUCAACACAUCAAGUGUUUUUUUUUUUUUAUUCCUUCUGCAACUAAACAGUCACAGUGAGGUGUUAUAACGGUGCCAUUUUUAGAUGGUCUAAAUACAGUACGUCAGGUUUUUCUGACACGGAAGUUGUCCGAGCCACAACGAGUGAAAUACAUAAACGAGUAAUAGACGAGAGCAUAAAGUAGAGCAGCUUUGGUUUGGACACAUUAGCCGUGUUUCCAUCUAACUGUCUGGGGAAUUCGAAGCAAAGUUUCGAAAUUUCGUGAAACAUUUUAUGAAAAAGAAAUAUGUGAAUUAGGCUUGUUCCCAUCGACUGCUAUGCAGCGGAUAAACAGAAGGUGGCGCUAUUGGAAAAGUCGCACACUUACGUACGUUUUGAAGCUGUCCUUACAAAGAACAUCCUGUUGCUGCAUGACCACACUUCUCAUACAUUCAUUGUAGUCUGUGGUUUUCUGCAAAAUGAUGCCGGAUGCAGUCGCACAGCCUGAAACAUGCUAUGCUUUUGUUUUCUAGCACACUGUACUGUAGCGUUGGAAUCGGAAUCUGAAUUUGACACAAUACAAUCGGCAAAUCGCAAAGGUGGCAAUGUAGGACGACAAACGACAAACAUUCGUGCAAUAUUUUAUGGCUUGUGGUCAAACGUUGAAAAGUCGAGCAUUAACAAAAGUAUGAAUUUGUGAAACCAUCGACGUGGCAGUUUAAACUCUGGAUCAGAUGCGCCACAUCAGGUAAAACCUAAAUUGUGUGCUAAUUGCACUUUAAAAUCAAUUGUUUUAAUCUCUACUCAGUUAUUUUUCGAAGAAGCAAAAAAGCCUCGUCCUUCAACCAUAGAAGCUGUCGUUUUAAAUGUUGCCCUUUGCGUGACCUUUUUCUAACGCCGUACUUUAAAAUCCAUACUUGCAUGCUGACCGAUAUUGCGAUUUAACUUGCAGAAGGACUUCAGUUCAACAUUCCCUGUGUACAAUAGAAGUAAAACUUUUAUUAUUGUUCACCCUUGAUUCUUUUUUGGAAAGUCAACAAGCUUAAAAAAAACUCAGCUUUUUAAAGUUUUGCUGUUGUCGUUGCCUUUUUCUGCUGCAACGCUUUGAAUUAAGAAAUGGAGGCACGGCUAAUGUGUUGAACUGGUGGUAGUUUGGAGGUUAAACUAGUGCAGCUGUAGUUGGAGCCGCAUUAUUAGCCGUUACACCGAACAGUGAGUUCGGUUCCAACACUCCUUUAGAUUGGACUGAAGCUCGGGUCGUGAGCAGCUGCUGUGUCACACAGACUCGCUGUGAGUCAUGAGGUCGAGGCUUCGGCGGCGGUGGCGAGCUGCAGCCCCUCGUUGGCACAGCAGACGGGGGAUUGGGACCCGGCGGGGCGGCGAUGUGAGUUGGCAUUCCUCGCGCAUGCCCGUCCUACAAGUGCCAAUGAGCCCUUCCUUUGUGUGUGUGUUUGUGCGCCACCAUUCCUCCCAUUGUGACCCGAACCGACCCCGGUGUUGGACUCGCACUCACCACACAAAUCAUUCCAGCUGUCAUUGCUUGUUGUUUCCCUUUUUUUUUGUUUGUUUGUUUGUUUGUUUUACAGCUCCUGAACGCACCGUUUCCUCCUGUUCAGUCUAGUUUUUACAUGUUUUUUCAUGGUGAUGGUUCGAAAAACUGUGAAGAAUCUUUUCAGCAAAGAGACAAUAAAAAGCAAAGACUGCA